AUGCCAGUCUACCAUAUCGUACUCUUCCGCCUGAAAGAAGGCGUGACACCAGCUCAGCUGAGUGCUUUCUCCGAGACGGCCAAGGGCAUGGUCGGCUUGAUCUCUCUGGAAUGUGGAAAGCCUCUUCCAAUCUGUCUGCCACGGGCGCAUGGCUUCGACAUGGGCCUCGUCGCGGUUCUGGAGAAGUCGGACACCGUCGCAACGUAUGCCAUCCACCCGGCUCACUUGGAAGUUCACAAGUUGAGAGAGGAGCUCUGCGAUGAGACGCUAGCCUAUGAUCUGGAGUUCUAG